AUGCUUGCCGUCGUCUUCGACGGCCCUUACAAGGUGUCGGUCCAGGAGCGACCGAUCCCGAAAGUUGAGCAUGAGGAAGACAUUGUGAUCAAGGUCAGCGCGUCUGGGCUCUGCGGCUCUGAGCUCCACGCCUUUCGAGGCCACGAGAAGCGCCCUCCCGGCUUCAUCAUGGGCCAUGAGUUCACUGGUACGGUCACGGAAGUUGGCUCGGCUGUGACGACGGUCAAGUUGGGAGACAAGGUGGUAGCACCUUUUACGGUUUCAUGCUCAAGAUGCUUCUAUUGCCGAAAUGGAUUCACCUCCCGCUGCGUGGAGAGCAAACUGUUUGGCUCUGCCGCGCUGGACGGCGGCCAGGCCGAAUACGUCAGGAUACCCUUUGCCGAUGGCACUGUCGUCAAGGCCCCCAGCACCAUCUCCGACAAGGCGCUUGUGCUCAUGGCCGAUAUCUGGCCCACCGGCGUGUUUGGCGCCAAGUCUGCCUGGGAGCUCCUCCCCACGAAGCAAAAGGACAAUGUCGUUGCCGUGGUCAUCGGCUGCGGCCCCCCGACUCGAGAUUGCGAAGAAACUCGGCGCGGAACCCUCAACUUUAAGACUGACCCCGAGGGCAUGAAGAAGAGGAUCCUCGAGGUCACGGACGGUCGCGGUGCGGACCUGGCGAUCGAGGUCGUCGGCCUGAGCCCCGCGCUGAGGACGGCGUUCGACCUCGUUAGGCCUUGGGGCGUCAUCAGCAGCAUCGGUGUUCAUAACGCAGAGAUUCCGUUCAACGGUGUAGAGGGAUACGGCGCAAUAUUCAGCGCCAUGUUCAGCCUCUACUGCCGGGCGGAGGUUGAAGACUUGGAUGUGUAA